AUGUCCAAUUCUACUUAUGCCGCGCCGACGGCGCCGUCAACUGCACCAGCUGCACCGGCUGCUACAGGGGCGGGAGCGCCCCGAAUCGCAGGCAAUGGCCCCUUCCCACCCCCCACCGCCGCCUCGGGCGGUGUCCCCGGCCUCACUCCCGACAUCCCCAUCUGCGCCAUCUUCCUCGCCCUCUUCGUAGCAGGCGCGGCAACAAACAUGACCAUCUUCCAGCGCAACCGUCGGAGAUCGUACAAGUUCUUUUUCUCGGUCCUGCUCUUCGGUUUCUGCAUGGCGCGUAUCGUCGCCCUAUCCAUGAGAAUAGUCUGGGCGUCCAAACCGAGGGAUGUCAACGUUGCGAUUGCCUCGCAAAUCUUCACCGCGGCUGGGGUGCUCAUCUUAUUCAUCACCAACUUGAUUUUUGCGCAAAGAAUCAUCCGGGCCUAUCACCCCUUUUUUGGCUGGAGCAAGAGUAUCACCUGGCUGUUUAGGGUCCUGUUUGGGAGUCUGAUUGCGUUGCUCGUCAUGGUUAUCAGCGUAACGGUCCAGAGCUUUUUCACGCAGGACCCGGGGGUGAGGAUGAUUGAUCGGAACAUUCAGCUCUUUUGCGCGACGUACCUGGCCGUCUUUGCGUUUUUGCCGAUCCCGUUGGUGACGUUGGCGGCGGUUGUACCGAGACGGACCAAGAUUGACAAGUUUGGGGAGGGGCACUUCCGGACAAAGUUUGCGCUUUUGACGUUUACUGCUUUGUUGCUGGCGGCGGGGGCCAUCUUCAGGGCGGUGAUUGCGUACUAUCCUAGGCCGGUGAGCAACCCGGCUUGGUAUCACGGCAAGGCGCCGUAUUAUUGUUUUAAUUUUGGGAUUGAGCUGGUGGUGGUGUAUGUCUAUGCGGUCUCGCGGUUUGAUAAGAGGUUUCACAUUCCGGACGGGUCGUCGGCGCCGGGGCAUUAUUCUUGUUCGGAUUACGGGCCGAGGCGGAGCGCGGUUGCGGCGGCGGUGGCGGCGGCGGAUUUUGAGAAGAGGAGCAGUUAUGCGUAUGGGAAGAUGGCGAGCAGUGUAGAAGAGGGGAGUGCGAGUGUUUGGACGGGGUCGAGGUAUUCGACUAUUAAGAGGGGGAGUGGGAGCUCAAAGUCGUUGCCGAGUAGUUUGGGCAGGCCGAGUGUGACUGCUCGACCGAGCAGUAGUCGGGGCCCGGGGGGGUUGAGCAGCAGUGGGAGGAGUUUGAAGAGUGUGAGGUCACUUUAUUCGCCGGCUGCUACGGAUGAGAAUGCUGUGGUGUCGGGUGAGAUGGAUGGGGGGUCGUCGGAGGCGACGAGGGCGGAGGAUUUGGCCUGGAUGGCGAGGGCAAUGCGCGAGAUGUACGGUGAGACUGGGGAGGAGGAUCAUGGGUCGAAGAGCAGUCAUGGGUAGAGAGGGAUCCAGGGUGGGGCAUUUCCUUUCUGUCGGGCUGAUUUUGGAAUAACCUGGGAUUAAGGAUAUCAAGGGCCUGAAACUCAACACAGGAAGCAGGGAAUAGGAGUUUGUGAUGUUUUGCUGUUUUUGUGGUAAUAUCGUACCGUGGAGUUACUAAAUCUAGGUAGUAAUAGAAAAGCAGGUUGUGGAA